GGCAGGGAGAGGUACAGGCUGCCGGAGCUAGCCCAGGACUGCCCCCUCCUGGCCCAGUCAGAGCCCCUGGGCCUGAGAAACUCUGUCUCCCGUAGGGGGCGUUGGCCUCGCCCUUUCUCUGCUUCCAGCACCCGGGGCGGCUGCAGAUGGCAGCAUCUCUGGGGACAGCAGCUGCGACUGAGUCCAUGGGCCGACACUGAGCUGCUUAGGCAGAGGCUGUGCGCUCAGCCCGGAGCCCCCGGAACAGGCAUCUGCAGGGCUUGAGCCAAGGCCGCCGCGAUGCCGCACUUCCUGGACUGGUUCGUGCCUGUUUACCUGUUCAUCUCUGUGCUCAUCCUGGUGGGCUUCGGCGCCUGCAUCUACUACUUCGAGCCCGGUUUGCAGGAGGCGCAUAAGUGGCGCAUGCAGCGCCCCCUGGUGGACCGUGACCUCCGCAAGACACUGAUGGUUCGCGACAACCUGGCCUUCGGGGGCCCCGAGGUCUGAGUUGACCGGCUCUGUUGGCGGUGGGGAGUGGGCACCGGGUGCCCUCUCCCGUCCCGCCCAGCCUGGAGACCCCGGGGCAGAGGGAGGAGAACCCCUGGUCCUCCAGGCUCUCCCUCGCAGCCUGGCUCCUCCCAGGAGGAGGGGCUCUGGGAGGACCCUGGCUGUGGGGAGAUGGGGCACCUGGGUGCCUUGAGAUGUCGCUGCUGAUGGCCCAGGGCUUGCUCUCCGGGUCAAGCCAGCUCACCCCACACCUGCCCUCCCCAGCUCCGGGGACGCCCCACGGCCCCCCAGUGCCUUUGUGCUGCCCAGCACUCCUGCCCCUCCACCCGGCGUCAGGCAUGGCUGCCCCCGCCUGUCCUGAGCCUCCAGAUCUCCCACUUCCCUACCAGAUCCUCGGAGAUGCUCAGCUCCCCACUCCCGCCAGUGGUAUCGACCCUACAGCUUCAUGGGCCAGGCUUCAAAGCUGACCCAGGAAAGGGCCCCCUUUGGAGGGAUGUCAACUUAGUCCAGCCCAGCCCUACCACUCUGGACCCGGGCUUGGCAUGGAUGAGUGUGUGUGGUGGGGUGUGCAAGGGGCAAGGCCAUAGAGGAAGGAGGUGUGUGUGUGUGAUAGAGAGAACUUUUGAGGGGAGUGGGCAGGCGUGCGGAGGGGAGGAGAAGCAUGUUUGUGUGAGAGGGAGGGGGGGGCCCAGGCAGGAUGGGAGGUGGUGGGGAUGGGGUGAGCUUUGUGGGCAGUGUGGGGACCACCAGCAGUUCCCACCCGCCUCCCUCGUCUGGACUUCCCUAUCCCUUCCUUUUCCCAAGGCUGAGGCCGCUGGCAGGAGCCCCUGCCCUCCCCUUCUGGUCCUGAACUGCACCAGGGGCCCCAAGCCCACCCUGGAGCCCUCCUUCUCUGUGGGGCACCACUGCCUCCUUUUUGGACAUAGAUUGGCAACCUGCUCACUCCCCUCCUUUGGGGCAUCCGUCUUAAUUUAUCUCAAUAAUAAAAACUCCAUGACUAUC